CCGCCCGUUCUGCCGUGCCCCGGAUGUGGCCCCUGCUCGGGAAAAUGGCAGCGCCGGGGUGGGCGGAGGGAGCGUUCUAGCGCCCGGUGCCGUCCCCGCCAUGGCGGACCUGGGCCGGCAGCUGCACGAGUACCUCGCGCAAUCCAAGGCUGCUACCGCCGCCACCGGCCCCAGCGCGGUCCCCGCACCGCCGACCGGCGGCGGCUCGCAGGAGGAAGCGGGGGACGGCGGCGGGCUGCGGGCCUGGCUGGGGGCGCUGAACCCGUUCCCGUCGGGCGCUCCCCCGGGCGCCACGGUGUGGCCUUGGACGGGAGAGGAGGACCCGUGGCUGCCGGGGCUGUCGCGCUGGCAGCGGCUGGCGGGCAGCGGGCUGUGCGUGCUUCUGGCCGCGCUGUGCUUCGGGCUGGCCGGGCUGUGCGUGCCGCUGCUGCUGCUGCGCGCCCGCAAGUUCGCGCUGCUCUGGUCGCUCGGCUCGCUCUGUGCGCUGGGCGCCGCCGCGCUGCUGCGCGGGCCCGCCCGGCUGCUGCGGGAGCCCGGCCGCGGGGCGCUGCUGUACCUCGGGGCGCUGCUCGGGACGCUGUACGCCGCGCUGGUGCUGCGCAGCACCGCGCUUACCGUGCUGGGUGCCGCCGCGCAGCUCGGCACCGCAGCCGCCGCGCUCCUGGCCGCGCUCCCCGGCGGUGCCGCCGGCCUGCGCCGCCUCAGCGGGCUGCUCCGCGCCGCGGUGUGCGGCCGAGGCAAGGCGCUGCCUCUGUGAGACCGGCCCGGGCGCCGCGGUGAGCUCGGCUGUGCGGCCGCACCGGGGGAGGAGCGGCCGUGUCCCCGCUGGAGUCCCUCGCACGCGGACCGAGAGCCGGCUCCGAGACGGGGGACGCCGCUUCUCUUCGCCUCCUCCACGUCCUGACACGUUUUCCUCGCCAGCGCCCGAGAAGCAGCAGCCGGGCUGGCGGCCCGGAGCGGCCCCGGCGAUGCUUAGCUGUAGGUGCUGUGUGCGGGGUCAGCCUGCCGAGCCGCCCCCGAGCUCGUUCUUUGCCUUCCAGCGCUGUCAGCUCCACAGCCGUGCCUUGGCAUCGCUCCACCUCUGGGUGGGGAGCUGCCAGCAUCCCGCUUCUACCUCCAGCUGGGACCCUGCGGCUGCUGCAGCGGCUGCUGCGGAGCGAGAGAUCGGAGCCGAUGCGGUGCCAUUAUGGACUUGCCCUGAGGAGCAGCUGAGGAGCGCUAAUACACGAAGAUGAUUUAGCAAAAUGCGAUCGAAUCUGGGGGAGAACAUUGAAAAAUUAACUGGUAUUACCUCAUUUUGUGCUGACCCCUACACUAUGAACACAUACUGUUUUUGCUGUCACCUCAGACCAGUGGUGAAUAUGAAGACUGUGGCCACUGAACUGCAUUUCUUUCUAAAAAGCAGCUUUAAAAUAACCAUCCAGUAAGUGAAAAAAACUUUCCUCGGGUUGUGGAUCACAAACACUGCCCAUAAUUGUAAGGGGAGGGGGUGUUCCUGCAUGAUGAUGAGAGGAUGCAAAGAGCUAAUGUUGGCUAAGAGCAUUGGCAGGCACUGCUGCCUUACAGCGGCUCUUAAGGGACCAAAUUGGGCUUUAAAAGGGGAGCUUCAGCUCUCAGAACUUUACUGUUGUGUAUAUGUAUUGCUCUCUGAACUUGGGCAGGACUUGCUUACUUGUCACAGCAUGACCUUCAAAAAUAGAUUUGCCAGUAACUGGAGCUCUGCUUCAGUGCAGAAACCGAGCUGCCUUAGGAGGGUGCCGAGUUCAGGCUGACAGAGCUGGGUGCUCCAGUUUGGGCUGUGUGCUGGACUGCUGCAAGGAAAUGGGACAACGGGCCCUCACCUGCACAGAGCCACCAGUUGGCAGACUAGCAAGCAGUGGUGAUUGCCUGCAUUUUGGAAUUUUAACGUCAGCACCAUUGUAAUCUGUAGACAGCUGUGGCUAAAGGUGAAAAUGAAACUUCUCUGUACAUGAUAAAUCAAAAAACUAGGAACCAGCUCUCAGUAUUCUAAAUUGCUGAGAUUGCAGGAGGUAGUACUGUUGCCCCAUCUGAAAUACAAGUUUGCCUAAAUAGAACCCUCUGUAGUAAUAGCUGCUGCCGCUCCUUCCUCCUCGAGGAGCGUUACUGACUGCCCCGGGGCCUCCACCAAAGGCUUCAUCCCUGUGGAAUCCCUCAUGGUGCUCUCCAUCUAGAGAACUGGACCUCCCAGAUUUUGGAGCUCUCUGUGAAGGUCCUGAAUUGCCUCGUCCUGCAAAGGAAGCACAGCCAGUUACUGGUGGCAAUAAAGAAGGGGAUUCUGUGAUGCUGGAGACAAGAUUUGGAUUUGAUGUUUGAAAAUUCCUCUGUUCUUAUAUUCCUGUAAGACUGGUCCUUACCUUCCCUGCUGGUAAAAUCAGAUAUUUACCAGCUCAGCUUUAUCCCCUCUGAACAGAGACGUUCUGGAUAAACUUAAUGCUGAAAACACAUGCCAGUGUUACUUAAGGGUUUCAGUCAAAGGGGCUUUUUACCUUUGCCCCUCUCCUCUGGAGGUCCACCUGGAGCAUCCAUGUCUCUGUGGUCAGAGGUUCCUGGUCCAUCAUGCCAGGGGCGUUUCCGUGGUGGCAGUGAGGCCAUGUCCAUGCCCUGGAGUGAAGAGGAACGUUCUCUGUUGGCUGGAGAGUGCCCAUCAUGAGGAGGGUGAUCUGGACGAGGACCUGUGCAUGAAAACACAGGAUAAGAUUCCGGUUUCCGCCCUCCUUCAAAGCGUGGGAAUUCAUCUGGAGUAGGAAGCAAACCCUUCCGAACUCCUGAGCAGUGAGAGAAGCAGGAGACAGGAGUGAGAAGAGACAUUGUAUUCAUGAAAAUAACGGUGUCUGCCCAAGAAAAUGCCUUUCCUUCCUCACCCUUGCCUUUCUGCAUGGAAGAACAUUCCCCUUACCUCUGAGAGCACCUCGACCUCGCCCCCGAGCACCAUGAUCCCUUCCUCUGGAGUUUUCAUCCGGAGAGUCAAAAGCAUCAUCUGGCCCAAAAUCUUCAGGGCCAGGAAAGCCAUCUCUGCCCCUGGGUCCCCGGCCCUCAUGUCUUGAGGGUCCUCCUCUUCGGAAGCUACAAGAAAGAACAUGAUACAAAUGUUGUUUUUAGGCAUCACUGAGUCAGCUUCAGUUUAAUUAUCAACUAAUUUCUGAACUGUUUUCACUUAAUGCUACAGCACAUACAGUUACUAGAACAGAAUUUGUAGGUGGGAAAGUGCUCAUUUCUGCCUUUGAGCACUUUGAUAGUAAGCUCUGUAACCUUCCUUUCCUAUUUCCUUCCACUGAUUAUACUGGCUUUUCAUACAAGAAAAAUAUUAUUAAACAUACUGCAUUCAUUUAAUGAAAAGUUGGGAAAAACAAUCAAUGAGCGAUGAUAGAUACAAGGUGAGGUAAGGCAAGGAAAAGUAGAAGUGAAUUCCACUUAAUUUUGAUGGUCUUACAUUCCCCUUCCCUUUCCAUUUCCAUCAUAAAACAAACAAAACA